CGAACAACACGGAACAAAUGAAGUUCAAUCCGUCAAUGUUUUUCACGGUAAUAGAUUGAUUCGCUCUCGGAAGAAUCUGUGCGGUAUCUUUAAGCCAAACUGAGGCGUAGUCUCUCGAUUUUUGUUUAAACAUGGUAAUAGCGUUACCCCAGCUAAUCAUCGGCUCCAUGAGCUCCAGCAGCGCUUGCUUUCGCGAUGUGACAGUUGGGGGCGUGCGAAUUAUUCAACGAUUGCAUGGAAAUUCUCGCGUUCUUGGUCGUCAAUUUGGCGAUUCUUGUCAUCGAUUUUACCCUUCAUUUGAUCGUGGUUACACAGGCGUUUCAGCUGACACUGUGAAAGCCUCGACAUUAGGGUGUUCCGCGUUGACGUCGUCUAAAAUUAGGCACAUUUCGCGAACCAGUUCUGCGGGAAGAAGUGAAUCUUGGUCAGUUCCUCUGAGCUUUGGAAGCGUUUGUUCGAGUAGUUUCUCUACGGCUACGGAGCAUAGAAGACGCGGAAAAAUGGUUGUGGUACCAAGUGUUAAGUUGAAUGAUGGCAGUGAAAUGCCGGUGUUUGGAUUGGGGACAUAUUUGUCCAAAGAAAAUGAAGGAGUUGAGGCUCUACGUCACGCCAUUGAUAUCGGGUACCGUCAUAUUGACACUGCCUUCUUCUAUCAAAACGAAAAGGAAGUUGGACAAGUAAUAAAAGAGAAGAUUGCCGCAGGAGUUGUGAAAAGGGAGGACCUCUACAUAGUGACUAAGCUAUGGAACAUUUACCACGAUCCCGCGAAAGUCGAAGAGGCGUGCAAGAAGUCCUUAGAUAAUCUGGGCUUGGAUUAUAUUGACUUGUACUUGAUGCACUUCCCCGUCGGAUAUAAGUUUAUAGACGAUAAUCAUUUAUUACCAAAGGAUGAGGCAGGAACCUUACAAUUGAGUGACUACGAUUACUUAGAUACAUACAAAGCUAUGGAGAAAUUAGUUAAGAAAGGCUGGGUCAAAAGUAUUGGAAUAUCAAACUUCAAUAGCGAGCAAACCGAUCGAGUUUUGCAAAAUUGUGAGAUCAAGCCAGUAACGAACCAGGUGGAAUGCCAUCCAGGUUUCAAUCAGAAAAAACUUAUAGAAUUUAGCAAGCAACGUGACAUUGUUAUUACCGCCUACUCACCGUUGGCUCGUCCAAAUCCUGCUGAAAAGAAACCAGCCUUCUUGUUCGACGAGAAAAUGCUUGCUAUUGCUGAGAAAUAUAAAAAGACACCAUCACAAAUCGCUCUUAGAUAUUUGAUUGACAUCGGAACUGUUCCUAUCCCGAAGUCAGCGAACAAGAAGCGCUUGGAAGAGAAUAUCAACAUUUUUGAUUUCAAGCUGACUGAGGAUGAAAUCAAAGUGGUCGACUCCUUCCACACCGGGGAACGGAUCAAUCCAUUUAACCUUGUCAAGGCACAGAAUCAUAAAUAUUUUCCUUUUGCUUUGGAAUUUUAAAGUGAAUUUGUUGCAAUUGUGUAAGAUGCUGUUAAUUAUAUACAUACAAUAACAUUUUUGAACAGAAUGAUUUUACUAUUCAAUAA